GUGUAACAAAACGCGCUGAUGCCAACUUCCAGUCGGCAUUUCUGAAUCAUCGCAACAAAUCCAGCAUCACCUCUGCUGCUGUUUGUGUUAGUGAGAUCGGAGAAACGACUCUGGCGAUGGUUUCACCCGCGAUGGAUUCAAAUCGUCACGUUCGAUAAGGGGGAAAACCGACAAUAAUCUGCUACGUUGUGGAUUCUGCGGAAAGAUCAGCUGCGUGUAGAACGUUAGUCGCGUUCUGGUUUUGACGAAGAUCUGAUCGAGUCAAGAGAGAUGAAUCAGUUUGUGUGCUUCCUAGUUUUAUGUUUUCUGUGUUCGAUUCAGUUUUCCGAAGCAUCCUACCAAUGUGGAAUCAGACAACACGGAUUGGUUCCACUGAUCAAAGAUGGUUGGCAAGUGGAAGAGGGUCAGUGGCCAUGGCAUGUGGCAGUGUUCAAUCGAUUGAAGAGUACCGAUCGGUUCAAGUAUGGCUGUGGGGGCACUUUGGUCAACGAAAAGCACACCCUAACAGCAGCUCAUUGCGUCAAACGAAAACGGUCACAUGUUUUGUAUGAGAUUGAGCUUCAUUUUGGUCAGCAUAAUCUGUCGAAGUGGACAGAUAACGUUGUGAUUCGCGACGUUAGUAAAAUACAUGUGCACCCGGAAUAUGAGCCAAAUAAGAAUGACAUCGCUGUGCUGGUGAUGCGAUUGCCAGUGGAGUACUCCGACACAGUGAUCCCGAUUUGUCUGGACCAGAAAGUGCACCGUGAUUUGCGCGAGUUGGAAGGUAAAUCCGGAUGGGUCACAGGGUGGGGAAUGACGGAGAACGGGACCAUUUCAGAUGUGCUUCGGACGACAUCACUGUCCGUGGUUAGUUAUGUGACGUGUCUGAAGGACGACCCGAAUCUGUAUGGUAAAAGCUUGAACGAAAAAGUCUUCUGUGCUGGAAAUAACACAGGAAGCAGUCCUGGACAGGGAGACAGUGGCGGCGGCAUGUACAUCAGUGAUGGCGAUCGUUGGCAGCUCAGGGGAAUUAUUUCCUUUGGAAAGUUCAACGAAUUGAUGCAAUCAAUUGAUGCCUCCAAGUACAUCGUGUUCGCUAACGUUGAAUGGUACUUAACAUGGAUUAAGGAAAUUUUUGCCGCGAAUGAACCUCGACAGGACAAGAGGCAGAAACGAAUUAGUGAGCUAGAGUGCGAACGAUUCCAAAGACUGACGAGAAAACGACGCAACGGUGAUUGUUUCAACAGAUAUAGGCACAACGUGAUGGUAAUUGAUUCGAGAGGCAUGCUUAUGUGCAAUGGUGUCCUGGUAGAUGAGUCCCAUGUCAUUACCACUUGCAAUUGCGUUCGUAGUUUUAAAUCAGAUGCACGAUACUUGCAAGCAAAAUUGCGAAUCGAAACAUACGGAGAAGUGGCCGUUUCGGAAAUGGCAUGUCAUCCGAAGCAUACCGACCGAAGCCAACGCUACGAUAUGGCCAUUCUUAAAUUGAAUGCAUCGGUAUUGUUCAGCAAUACCCUGAUUCCAGCUUGCUUGGCCAACAACUGGACGGAAAAUCUAUACGACAUCCUCGUCCAAACGGCUUUCGUCACUGAAACGAUUGAUAAUCACAUGACCCUGGUCGAGUCGGACGAGAAUAGAAUAUCCCUAUAUGAAAAAUGCAAAUCACUGCGUAGACCCGAGUGGUUCAACAGGUCUGGCCUCAUCGAGGAACUAUGUGUCAACAAUACAGAUCAAUUGAUGUACAAUGCCUAUCCUGAAUUGACGAUGAGUAAAUCAUCCGGUGCAGUGCUACAGACGUCCAACAGGCAAUCGUGUAUAUCCACUGUCGUUGGCCUGAAGGUUCAUAAUGAAGGAAGCAAUGAAUAUCCCAAACAGUAUUGGAUGGAAAUUUAUGCUCGAAUUGCUUACCAUUUGGACUGGAUUGAGCAGAGCAUCUGGAAUGGACAAUCCCAAGUGGAUGCAGAACUUCCUCUGCUGGGGGUAGAUGACAAAUGCGGAAUCUACCACCAUGAUAGAGGAGUUGAGGAGUGGCCAUGGAGUACGGCAAUUUUCCACCGGAAUCCGAAUACCAGCGUGUUCGAACUAAUUUGCAGCGGAACCCUUAUCAGCAAGAAGCACGUUUUGACAACGGCACAGUGCGUACUGAAUCACACCACCGGAAGACCUUUGCCAGAGGACUCUUUUGAACUGCACUUCGGACUGAAUCGCUUGGAUCAACGUAGCGUAAACGUGCAAAUGCGAUACGUCAGAGAAGUUCAUAUUCACCCGGACACUUCGGGUCACAACGUAGCGGUACUGGUGACCAGCUGGCCGAUCAAGAAUACACCGUUUGUGACGUACAUCUGCACUGUGCCGAGCAACGAUUCGGAGUUUUGGAACUUGGAAGGACAACCUGCCUACAUCACUGGCUGGCAAACAAUUGAAACGGGGAAAUCAAGCAAUGAUUUGAAGUCAUCUAACGUUUACUUCCUUGAUCGCCAGGAGUGCUUCGAAGGCGGACUGCAGCUCUCUUCAAACCAGUAUUGUUCCGACUAUCCUUAUGAAAGACAGAGCGUCGCUGACCGCGGAUCGGGACUGUAUCACAAAAGCCUCGACAAUUUGCUAGGGUCAUGGGCUUUGGCGGGAAUCGUGUCAUCCGAGAUGGAAGGAAACGGCGCAGAAAGAUACACCAUUUUGACUAGUCUUCAGCCGUAUAUCACGUGGAUUGAAGGAAUCAUGUCAAGCAAAAAAUCUAGAAGAAUCAGUCAAAGAGAAUGCGAGCGUUUCGGCAGCCUGACUCAGAAAAGCAACGGAGUUUGUGAAAAUUCGUGGGGCCCUUCGCUAGGAUAUCCACCACAUGUGGUCUCGCUCCAUGACGACCUCUUGAACAUCAUUUGCCUUGGUGUACUUGUGACAGAAAAUUACAUAUUGGCUUCGUGUCAAUGCAUACGGCACCACCGUCGUCUCAAAACAGCCAAGAUUAGCUAUCAUGGCAUGGUCAACAUUUCGGACAUGAUGUGCCAUGCCGACUAUAAUUCCACCAACUUUCAACAUGAUGUCGGUGUUCUGAGGCUAUCCACUGCCGUUGCACUAUCCAGUCAACUGGUUCCGGCCUGUUUAGGAAGCAGUUUGUCGGAGAACCUCAAGGAUGCCAUGUUACAAACAACGCUUUUCAGCGAUUUGAGUAAGAACGUAAGGCGUUGGCCACACUCAACAUAUUACUACAUCGGUAAGAAGGACGAAUGCGACAAGUUGAUCCAAGAAUCACAUCGCUUGAACCCCGGCCAGACGUGUGUGAUCAACCCAAGCUUGGAAACCGACAAAUUCAACGGAAGUAUUGUGCAGAUGGUAGAUAGUCGAACCUGUCGCUUCACGGUGAUCGGUAUAGGGAGCACUGAGUUUGAAAACCCUCAUAUCAGUCCAGCCCCCAGAAUUGGAAUUGUUCAUCGUAUUGAUCACUAUCUGGAUUGGAUCGAGCAGAUCGUAUGGAAGAGGAGCUUCCAAUGCGGAAAAGCUAGACCACUGGUUGCCACCAGGUUAUUUAAAGUUAGUUGUGUUUGACAUUGAACAAUUGUUAAAUACUUUUAUGCAAUUCAGUGUCAUUAUUUCCAUUUUAUACUACUCAUUUUAGUAUCAUAAUGACCAACUUUUCCGUACCGGUUCAUAAUGCAACUGAAAUGAGUUGCAUA